AUGUAUGCAACCUCCAUUUAUACAGUGGAGGUGGGUGACGGAAGAAAGCUGGAUUGUGAAGAGGUAUGUCCUAAAUUGAAGUUGGAGAUACAAGGUCUAAACAUUGAACAAGAUUUCUAUGUCUUUGAUCUUGGAGGAGUGGAUGUGGUGUUGGGAAUGGAAUGGUUGGCUAGUCUAGGAGAAAUAAGAGCAAAUUUUCGUGAAUUAACUCUUAGAAUUCCGAUUGCGGGUGGAUAUCACACACUAAAGGGAGACUCCGAUUUAACGAGAGCUUUAGCUUCUUUAAAGUCUAUUUUAAAGGCUCUACAUGAUCAAGGUCAUGGAUUCCUAGUGACAUACUGUCAGAUGCAAGCUGAAAGCAGAGAACCAGCAACUUGUCCCGCUUGGACAGAAUUGGUUUUGGAAGAUUAUGAUUCAAUCUUUCAAGAGCCGCAAGGAUUACCACCUCCCAGAAGACAAGACCAUGCAAUUCGAUUGAAGGAAGGAUCUAAUAUCCCCAACCUCCAACCGUACAGGUACCCACACUAUCAAAAGAAUGAAAUUGAAAGGUUGAUAGAUGAUAUGCUUAAAUCUGAUUACCGGGCUCUUAACAAGAUUACUAUACCAGAUAAGUUCCCUAUCCCUAUUAUUGAUGAAUUGCUUGAUGAAAUGGGAGGAGCCGUGAUUUUUUCCAAGUUGGAUUUACGAUCCGGUUACCAUCAGAUUAGGAUGAGGGAAGAGGACAUUCAUAAAACAGCUUUUCAAACUCAUGAAGGGCAUUAUGGGUUUCUUGUCAUGCCUUUCGGGCUCACCAAUGCACCUUCCACCUUUCCAUCUCUUAUGAACGAGGUGCUAAAGCCGUAUUUGAGGAAAUUUGUACUCGUUUUCUUUGAUGAUAUUCUAGUUUACAGUAAGGCAAAAGGGGUGGCAGCAGAUCCACGAAAAAUUGAUGCUAUGUUAGAGUCGCCAAUACCUAAGGAUAUUAAAGCUUUGAGGGGAUUUUUGGGAUUGACAGGUUACUAUAAAAGGUUUGUUCGAGACUAUGGUAAGAUAGCCAGGCCUUUGACUCAACUAUUGAAGAAGGAUAAAUUUCAAUGGAAUGUUGAAGCACAAGCUGCCUUGGACAAAUUAAAACACCUGGUGGCUGAAUUGCCUAUAUUGACUUUCCCCGAUUUCUCCAAAACAUUUAUUAUCGAAACUGAUGCAUCAAACAAAGGGCUAGGGGCGGUUCUAAUGCAAGAGGGUAGGCCCGUGGCUUUCCUCAGCCAGACUCUAUCUGAUAGGGCCCAAUCUAAGUCAGUAUAUGAGAGAGAAUUAAUGGCAAUUGUGAUGGCUAUACAAAAAUGGAGGCACUACUUGUUGGGAAGGCACUUUAUAAUUCUGACUGAUCAGAAGAGCCUUAAAUUUCUGACUGAACAACGACUAAUGAGCGAGGAAUACUUCAGGUGGACCUCAAAACUUAUGGGUUUGGAUUUUGAGAUACGUUAUAGACCAGGAAGGGAGAAUGGAGUGGCUGAUGCUCUUUCUAGAAAAAUGACAUUUUCUGCCUUGUCCUCAGUCUACUUUGAGCAAAUGGAAGAUUGGGAAUCUGAAAUUCAUCAAGAUCCUAAGCUUCAAGGGAUAAUUCAUGAUUUGAUAAAAGAUUCUAAUUCCCAUCCGGGCUAUAAAUUUCAAAAUCAGAAGUUGUUUUAUAAAGGGCUUCCCAAGGCUCAAGGAGAAAAUGUCAUCUUAGUAGUGGUUGAUAGAUUGACUAAAUAUGCUCAUUUCCUUGCACUUAGUCAUCCUUUUACUGCAAAAGAGGUUGCUGAAGUUUUUAUCACAGAGGUAGUUAAAUUGCAUGGGUUCCCCUCUUCUAUUGUAUCAGAUCAUGAAAAAAUAUUCCUCAGUCACUUCUGGUCAGAAUUGUUCAAAUUGGCUGGCACUCGACUCAAGUUUAGCACCGCAUACCAUCCCCAAACAGGUGGCCAAACUGAGGUGGUCAACCGCUCUCUAAAAUUGACUCCUUUCAAAGCAUUAUAUGGCCGCGAUCCACCCCAUCUUCUGAAGGGAACCACUAUUCCGUCAACUGUGGAACAGGUGAACCUGAUGACUUAUGACCGAGAUCAAAUGUUACAUGAUCUCAAGGAAAAUUUGGUCACAGCCCAGAAUCAAAUGAAGAAGUAUGCUGACCAAUCUCGACACGCAGUAUCCUUAUUGGCUAUUGGUGAUUGGGUGUAUCUCAAGCUCAAGCCGUAUAGGCUACGGUCAUUGGCUCGAAAAAGAAGUGAGAAGCUGAGUCCACGUUUUUAUGGUCCUUAUCAGAUCACAAAACUGAUUGGAGCAGUUGCUUUUCAGUUAGCCCUUCCACUAGAGAGUAAAAUCCACCCUGUAUUCCAUGUUUCUUUACUCAAGAAGGCCCUCUCUCCCUCAGCAACUCCUCAACCUUUACCACCUAUGUUGUUGGAAGAGUUGGAAUUGCAGGUAACCCUAGCUGUUGUGAAAGCAGUGCGUAACACUGCUCACGGGAUUGCCGAAGUACUUAUUCAGUGGACUGGCCUGCCAGAAUUUGAAGCCACUUGGGAACCAGUGGAAACCAUCAUGAAGCAAUUUCCUUCUUUUCACCUUGAGGACAAGGUGACUCUUUUGGGGGGGAGUAUUGUUAGGCCUCUUAUAAGUUUUAAGCAAGCUUUCGAACUUGGUGAAGUUGCUGCUGGGUAUCACGCCGAUAAAAGUUAUUUUGAUUAA